GAAGAGUGAUGGGUCCAAAGGAGAUCCUCCAUAUUUUAGUAAAGAACCUGAACCUUCAGACACAAACAGACAGAGAGCAGCAUCCAGCUGUCUGUCUAUGAAGAGUGACCGGUCCAAAGGAAGACCUCCACACUUCAGUAAAGAACCUGAACCGCCAGACACAAAAGUGACGAAGAGGAGGGGAGGUUCUGUGGAGAAGCAGCCGUCCUGCUGUGCUUUGUGUCAGGACGUCCUGAAGGAUCCAGUCUCUACCAGCUGUGGACACUGGUUCUGCAGACGGUGCAUCACCUCAUACUGGGACCAGUCUGCUCCAUCAGGACACUGGUCCUGUCCCCAGUGUGGAGAAAGAUCCAGAACCAGAACUGGACUGCAGACAGCCGAUGCUGGUCUGCAGGAGGUUCUGCAGGAACAUAAGAUGAGUCUGAGGAGGAGAUGUAAACAUAUGACUGAAGGAAGUGAUGCAACAGGAGGUGGAACCCUCCUCAACAGGAUCUACACUGAGCUCUACAUCACAGAGGGACUCAGUGAAGAGGCUGAUACACAACAUGAGGUGAGGCAGCUGGAGACAGCUUCCAAGAAGACUCUCCAUGACACUCCCAUCAAGUGCCAGGACAUCUUUAAAGCCUUACCUGAGCAGCAGAGAGCCAUCAGAGUGGUCCUGACCAACGGCGUCGCUGGCGUGGGAAAAACCUUCUCAGUGCGGAAGUUCAGUCUGGACUGGGCAGAGGGCCGAGAAAACCAGGACGUCAGUGUGGUGGUUGUGCUUCCGUUCAGGGAGCUGAACUUGAUCAGAGAUGAGCAGCACAGUCUUCUGACGCUGCUCCAUGUGUUCCAUCCAACAUUGGAGAAGGUGACAGCAGAGGAGCUGGCUGUCUGUAAACUUUUGUUCAUCUUUGACGGUCUGGAUGAAAGCAGACUUUCACUGGAUUUCACCAACAAGAAGGUCGUGUCUGACGUCAGCCAGAAGUCAUCGAUGGACGUGCUGCUGACAAACCUCAUCCAGGGGAAUCUGCUUCCCUCAGCUCUGGUCUGGAUCACAUCCCGCCCUGCAGCAGCCAAUCAGAUCCCUCCUAAACAUGUGGACAGGUUCACAGAAGUACGAGGCUUCAAUGACGGCCAGAAGGAGGAGUACCUCAGGAGGAGGUUCAGUGAUGAAAAGCUGUCCACCGCAAUCAUCUCCCACGUGAAGACGUCCAGGAUGCUCCACAUCAUGUGUCGACUCCCAGUGUUCUGCUGGAUCACUGCUGCAGUUCUGGAGCACAUGUUGACCACAGAGCAGAGAGGAGAGCUGCCCCAGACCCUGACUGACAUGUUCUCACACUUCCUGUUGGUUCAGACAAAGAGGAAGAAGCACAAGUACCACGACGGAAAUGAGAUGAGUCCGCAGGAGCUGACGGAGGCUGACAGGGAAGUUCUUCUGAAGCUGGGGAGGCUGGCCUUUAAACAUCUGCAGAAAGGAAACAUCAUGUUCUACCAAGAAGACCUGGAGCAGUGUGGUCUGGAUGUGACAGAGGUCUCAGUGUUGUCAGGAGUUUGUACACAGAUCUUCAGAAGAGAGUGUGUGAUGUUCCGGAAACCAGUCUACUGCUUUGUUCAUCUGAGCAUUCAGGAGUUUCUGGCUGCAGUCUACAUGUUCCAUUGUCACAACAACGGCAACAGGACGGUGCUGAAGAAGUUCCUGGGAAAUAAAUACAAAAACGUAUCCCUGGAUAUCUUUCUGGACAGAGUCAUGGCAAAAUCCUUGAAUAGUAGAAAUGGUCACCUGGACCUGUUUGCUCGCUUUCUUCAUGGUCUCUCUGUGGAGUCCAACCAGAGACUCUUAGGAGGCCUGCUGGGUCGGACAGAGAACCGUCCAGAAAUCAUCCGGAGAGUCAUCAACAACCUGAAGAAGAAAGCAAAUAUAUCCCCAGACAGCAUCAAUAUGUUCCACUGUCUGAUGGAGAUGAAGGAUCUCUCAGUACAUCAGGAGAUCCAAGAGUUCCUAAAGUCAGAGAACAGAUCAAGGAAGAAACUCUCUGAGAUCCACUGCUCAGCUCUGGCCUACAUGCUGCAGAUGUCAGAGGAGGUUCUAGAUGAGUUGGACCUGAAGAAGUACAACACAUCAGAGGCAGGACGACUGAGGCUGAUUCUAGCUGUGAGGAACUGCAGAAAGGCUGGACUUUCUAACUGUGGACUCUCAGAGAGUGACUGUGAAGUCGUGGCCUCAGCUCUGAAGUCCAACCCCUCGUACCUGACAGAACUGGACCUGAGUGGAAACCACAGCCUGCGGGAUUCAGGAGUGAAGCAUCUUUGUGAUGGACUGAAGAGUCCAAACUGUAAACUGGAGACUCUCAGCUUGAGGUGCUGCAGUUUGUCAAAGAUCAGCUGUGAUUCUCUGGCCUCAGCUCUGAAGUCCAACCCCUCCCAUCUGAAACAUCUGGACCUGACUAAGAACGACCUGCAGUAUCCAGGAGUGAAGCAUCUGUGUGGUUUUCUGGAGAGUCCAGACUGCAGCCUGGAGGCUCUGAGAUUGAGACGCUGCAGUUUGUCAGAGAUCAGCUGUGAUUCUCUGGUCUCAGCUCUGAAGUCCAACCCCUCCCAUCUGAAAGAUCUGGACCUGAGCUACAACAACCUGCAGGAUUCAGGAAUGAAGCAUCUGUGUGGUUUUCUGGAGAGUCCACAAUGCAGCCUGGAGACUCUGAGAUUGUGGGGCUGCAGGUUGUCAGAGAUCAGCUGUGAUUCUCUGGCCUCAGCUCUGAAGUCCAACCCCUCCCAUCUGAAAGAUCUGGACCUAAACUACAACCAGCUAGAGGAUUCAGGAGUGAAACAUCUGUGUGGUUUUCUAGAGAGUCCACACUGCAGCCUGCGGACUCUGGGAUUGAAGCGCUGCAGGUUGUCAAAGAUCAGCUGUGAUUCUCUGGCCUCAGCUCUGAAGUCCAACCCCUCCCAUUUGGAACAGCUGGACCUGAGCAGGAACGACCUGCAGGGUUCAGCAGUGAAGCAUCUGUUAGAUCUUGUGGAGAGUCCAGACUGCAGCCUGCAGACUCUGAGAUGGGAGUCAUGAUGCUGAUCAGGACGGUGUUUGUGCUGAGAGGAUGAACUGUGUCCUGACGAUCGAGAAGUUAACCAGCAGCAGCUGCUGCUGUGUACAGACUCUGAUUGGGGCAUGUUACUGGGAGGUGGACUGGGAACAAGUGUGUUAUCAGUGUGUAGUUUGGUGUUGCUCCACACUGUGAUUGAUGGAGAACUGCAGUUAAUGUUGAUGUGAUGCGUUGGAGGGCAGCCUGCAUGUGCAGAGUGUGCAGGAAGUUUCAGGAUGUUUCUGCAGGAUUAUAUUUCAGGUUACAGUCGUGACUCGAUAAUCCGACCCUUAACAAUCCGAAAACUUUGCUAUCCGACAGGUUUUUAUGAAAAACGAACGGAAACCAUUGAAUUUAGCCUUAAGAUACCGACAGCCUUGGGUUCCGACUCUGACAUGACAUUUUAUGUCACAAAUAA